AUGGGUGAAAUCGGCGAUUCAAGCCCAUCUACUGCUGCAAAGCAAAUGGAUAAUGGAGAAAAAACUCUAAAUUCUGGAUUAUAUACCAGCUUUGUUCAGAUGUUAUCGGUGAAAAUCAUAGACUACUACGUGGUAUCGUCAUGUUGUAAGAGCUACACACUGUAUACCAUAAAGUACAACGACUUUGGGAGGAUUAUGGUUGUUACGAGGAGGUUCUCGGAUUUCAUUGAAUUGGACUCAAAAUUACGUGAACUUGGUGAAUCGACCUUCCUAAAGUUACCAGAGAAGAAAUACUUUGGGAAUACGGAACCAUUUUUCAUUGUAAAACGACAACAGGAAUUACGUGCCUAUAUCAACUUGAUAUUACAAAAGGGUUCACCUGAGCAGUUGUUGUGUUUCUUCAAGUUUUUGGGUUUUAGUGACGAAUCUCUUCUAUAUCUUCAAUUGGCUUCUGCAAAAUCUAACUUGGAUAGAAAGAAUUAUAUUCGUACACUCAGUGAAUAUCUUGUUAUACCGUUAGAUACAAGGCACAUGUAUGUGAAUACUCUCACAAAAUGCUCAGUAGAACUUUUUGACAAUCUAAGCAAACCGGUUGAAGAUAUUCCAUUUUCAAAUCAUUACGACGGAUUAUCACCUGGAGGGAGUCAGGAUAUGCCAAGUCCUAACAAUUGUAAUGUUUUCUCUUCCCAGAAUAUAAAGUAUUAUAGCAGUAAUAACACAAGGUUAACCGGAAAUUUUGAUAAAAUUGACGUUAUUAGUGGAAUAAACUCAAACCUUUUGUCACAAGUUGGAAGAGAUCCAAAUAUGUAUAUUGAUUUAAGAUUGUCUAAUGGACUGAUAUUUGAUAUAUUAUUGAUUUCCUUGAAAGAUUCUGAUUCAAAAUUGACAUGUGAUGUUACAAGUAUCUUUUUGUAUAUGAUUAACCACUACAACGCAAAUAUUCGUAAUAUGGCACUAAAUGUCAAGGCGAUCCACUACUUGGUGAAGGCACAUUCACGCUUACUUGUGAACAACGAGCUAUAUUGUUUGGAUUUUAAACACAAGGGUAUUCUUAAUAUAUACUCAUGUGUAACAAGAGGAAAGAAGGAGUAUGUGAAUAUAUUCAAAAGUGAGAGCAAUGAUAGGAUCCCAGUAACUAUGGAUACCGCUGAUCUUAGUCCUAGGGUGUAUUCUGUGGAACAAUAUUGGGAUGUUGUGUCUACGUUUUAUAUAUCAGUGCUAAGUCAGAGCUUGGAAGCUGUUCAUCUGUAUAUAGAUGACGUAAACUGUUGGAAGAAAUUGUACAAGUUAGUAACAUUACACAAUGGUCAUACAUUUGAACCAUUUGUGGCAUGGUUGUUGUAUAUUACGAGUUACCAGGAGGAUUUAUUCACAAUUUUCCCCCGAGAUGACCACGCAAACGAUGUCAUUAAAAAGCUCUAUUCUUCACAAUCACCUACCAUAAAGGCUAUAUCUGGUAUAAUAAUAUCCUCCUUAUUAAUUGGCAAUUGGUUUGAUCCUGAAGAUGUUCCUAGAGCUGUAUCAUCUAUCCAAAGGCUUUUUCAACUUGUUGCAGAUAAAAGGCUUCAUUUUUCAUACGUGUUUAGCGGGGAAUCUUUGCUUAGAAUAAAAAACAUGUUGAACGAUCCAAACUUAUACAUUGAUGUAAAGUUGUUUUUACUGUUUUCACUUAGGAAACAUCUAUCUCCCGCUUUGAAAGAGCUUAAUGCUAUAGCAUUGAAUUGGGAUAUUCCAAUAGAGCUUAUUGUUUCUAGUGGUGAUAGCAGUCUCUCGAUAUCUAGACUAGAAAAGCUGCUUCUCAAAUUCUUGGAUGACGUUGAUUUGGAUUUGUAUUUUGUAAAUAUGAAUGAAAUAACGAUGGAUAAUGUGCAAUAUGUUGAUUCUGAGAUAUAUCCCAAGUUCAUUGAUAAUUUCAAGGCUAUAUUCAGGACACUUUACAUUCAAAAGUUCAAAAAUAUUUCCGACACUCUCUCACAAAUCCUAAAUUCAAUGACAUAUGAACUCUCUGGAUGUAAAAGUACAGAAUCUGAAGUGAACGAAUUCUCAGGAAUUAGAAAUGAUAUAUCAAUGCAUUAUGAAAUUUGUUUAUCUCUACUCAUUCUUCCUUACACAGAUUCAGAGACUUCCUCUGAUCACUUAUUCACGAUAAAUUUGGAUCCUCUACUGAUAAACAAAAAUAGUAGUUUAAUAUAUAGCAACGAGAUAUUUUUGGAUGGCAUAAAAAGUAAAAUAUUUGUAGAUGAUCCUACUACGGACACUAGUGAACAAAUUUCAUUUCCUAAUAGAAAUGGUUAUACUUUGGAUCUCUCCAUAACUUUCCUAACAUCAAGGAUUGAAUUCAACAAGGCUUAUCUUGGGGUUCUUAAGAACAGACUUGCAGAUUAUGAAGAAAUGCACAUGUUGUACAAUGAACAUAUUUUGAGAUGCUUGAAGGUUGUACGUCGUUUAAUGGAUGCAAAACCACCCUCUAACAUUAAUAUUCAGACAACAAAAGCUGUCAAGGAUGAUAGGUUGAACUCAUACGACAACUUUAGAGGUGUUAUUGAAAAUUUUGAAAUUGAUGGAAUGGAAGAGGUUUUGGAGAUUAAGGAUAAUUUUAGUUGUAUUAGUUAUGAUGAACUUUCAGAUUAUUCCCAAUUGAUGGAAGCAUAUGACAAUACGUUUUCAGAGCUCAUUGAUUAUUUUAAGUUUGUAGUAUACUAUUAUAGCUUAUGCAGAGAUGUUCUAAAGAGGUUCUCCAAAUUUGUGGGUAGGUAUGAAGAUGCGAUUUCCCGAAUACAUAAUAAGUUUGACGAUAUAGAACAUGUAAAAACAGAAUUUGUGACCGAUUACUUAACGUUUCAGAGAGAAAUGGAGACUGAAACUAACAUCACAAAGAAGUUGAUGGAUAAUAUAACAAUGUCACAAAGAAUUCAAGAUAUGAUAAAGGCUACAAACGUUAAAAUAUCAUCAUGUAAAUCUAGAAUUGGAUCUACAGAAGAAAGGAUACAUAAAGUUCCCGUUUUAAUAAAUGAGACUGUAACAAAAAGAAAACAGAUGGAAUCAAAAGUUGAAGAACUCAACGAUGAAAUGGGAACGAUAAAGGACGAGAUACUAAAAUUUCAAUCCAAAAUGGCAGAGCAUGAAAGUCUCAAAAACUCUGUAAGCACAAAAAUAACAUCGACCAUGAGCCUAUUCUCUGCACUUGAUGCGUCAGUAGGAAAAGAUUCUGUAGAAAUUCUGAAUCACCUAGAUGCAUUUGUAGAAAUACAAGAAUCUUUGCGCCCAGAGUUCAUAAAUAUAUUAUCGGAUAAUCAGUACCCAAACAUGGUUGAUCCAUCAGUCGUUGAGGAUCUCAGAAAUGUUGUUUUUAGGAAAUCGCAAGAAUUUCAAACUGAAUAUGAUGAAAUUUGUAAAGAAGACGUUCAGAUGAAGAUAAACACCCUAAAUUCUAGGUUGAGUAGUAUUGACGAUACGAUAUACAAGGUUAAGCAUGAUAUAGCUAGUUUAAGGAGAACGGAAGAGGGGCUCAAAACAAAUUCCUUGGAUGAAACUUUGAGCAUACAAAGACUUCUGAUCGAUAAUUUGGAAACAACAAAUAACCAACUUCAGUCAGAGCUUGAAAAAACGACAAAUUCCCUAACGGCCAUAGAGGUCGAACUCGGAACCAUAAAAGCCAACAAUGUCAAUCUCAACCUCAAAAUGCAGCAAUCAAGGACCGUAUUUCUGAAGAAUUUAAAAUAUCAAAGAAUGCUUAGACUCGAAUCAUUCUCUCAGAUACUCUCCCUAGAGUUCCUAGCCAGACACAUAACUCUCGAGGAAGCCCAAAUUAACCGUAUUUUAAGUAUCAAGCCAGAUGUAAUAAAUAAACUUACCACACUUAUGGAACAUGAAAACAAAAGUAGAAUGCAGCUGGUUGCAUCAUUCAAGGAUGCUGUGAACAAAUUUAACGAUACGACAAACUUUCUGUCAAACAUCUAA